ACUUAUGAAAUGACAUCAUUCAUCGGCUUUCAGUGAAUUUUGUAAUGAAUAUUUGUUAAAAAUUAACGAUUAUUCUAUUGUAAUUAAAUAGUACAUUGUAGUUUAUUAACGAAAAAUGGAAGUGUACGAUGUGAUCGUUAAUCAACCAGUCGUUAUAGAUAAUGGGACCGGAGUGAUAAAAGCUGGGUUUGCUGGUGGCCAAAUACCGAAAUGUAGAUUUCCCAACUAUGUUGGAAGACCCAAACAUGUACGAGUGAUGGCAGGUGCUUUAGAAGGGGAUUUAUUCAUUGGACCCAAAGCGGAGGAGCACAGAGGAUUGUUAUCAAUCAAAUAUCCGAUGGAACACGGCAUAGUGACAGAUUGGAACGAUAUGGAAAAAAUUUGGAGUUAUAUAUACAGCAAAGACCAGCUAUCGACCUUUCCCGAAGAACACCCCGUACUGCUCACAGAAGCCCCACUAAAUCCCCGACCAAACAGAGAGAAGGCUGCCGAGAUUAUGUUCGAGAGUUUCAACGUACCGGCUCUAUUUAUUUCAAUGCAAGCGGUACUUAGUUUAUAUUCUACUGGUCGAACUACAGGAGUAGUCCUCGACUCAGGAGACGGUGUUACUCAUUCUGUGCCUAUCUAUGAAGGUUUCGCAUUACCCCAUAGUAUUAUGCGAUCGGAUAUUGCCGGAAGAGAUGUCUCUAGAUACUUGAGAUUGCUGUUGCGAAAAGAGGGAAUCGUGUUCCGUACUACGGCCGAAUUCGAGUCUGUGAGGACCCUUAAAGAGAAGGCGUGCUAUCUUUCGAACAACCCAGUUAAAGAAGAGACUGUGGAAACUGAACAAAUCAAUUACACUCUUCCAGACGGGACCGUUAUAAAAGUCGGUCCGGCUAGAUUUAGGGCUCCCGAAAUUCUGUUUAAGCCGGACAUGAUUGGGGAGGAAUGCGAGGGGAUGCACGAGGUGCUGUUGUUCUCCAUACAAAAAUCCGAUUUGGAUCUCAGGAAGGUUCUAUUUAAAAAUAUCGUUCUGUCCGGAGGAUCGACGCUGUUCAAAGGUUUCGGGGAUAGAUUGCUGUCGGAGAUCAAGAAAAUGUCGCCAAAAGAGACGCAAAUCAAAAUUUCCGCUCCUCAAGAGAGAUUGUACUCGACGUGGAUAGGCGGAUCGAUCUUAGCGUCUUUGGAUACCUUCAAGAAGAUGUGGGUGUCGAAGAGGGAAUUCGAUGAAGAGGGACAAAGAGCAAUACAUCGAAAAACUUUCUAGUUUCUAAUUAGCCUUCUUAAAUGUGAUUCGAUACGACAGUAACUAUUCAGGAGGAGAAUUUUGAAGAUGUGGCCACAUGCUUUUUUGAAAACUACGUGCAGUGACGAUUUUUUCUUCAUAUUUAGUGUAAUUUGUUUUAACUUAUUUCUCACACGUUGAAUACUGGGUUAAGCUCUAAAUUAAGUUUAUUAUUUUGUACUAAUUUAAGUUUACUCGUCUGUGUAUUUUUUAUAUGAAUUAUAUAUUUAAUGGCACAAUAAUAAGCAGCUUAAAGUGGCUUCUUUAUAAAAAAAAACUUGUUUAAACAUUAGCGAUUUUAUUUACACCUAAACGGAUUACAACUAAAAUACAGCCGUCUCUAAACCUCUAACUUCUUUGGGAUUGUCGACUUCAUCUUGAAUGCUGACUUCGUUAAUUCGUAAGAACGUCUGAGGGACCCUGUAGAAGUGGGUCCUCAUGUACUGCUUUCUCCGCUUCUUUCGGAAAUGGGUUUUCGUGUGCGACAUAGUUUUCUCGAUAACUGUGGCUUGCACGUUGACCAGGCCCUUUUCUAAAAUCGGCCGGCCGAUCAACGAGAAAUCCGCCGAACCCGCCAACAUUACUUUGUCUAACGUAAUUUUAUCUCCGACGUCCGGGGGCCAGUAGCCUUCGAUGAUGAUAACAUCACCAUCGGUUACCUUAAAUUGCUUGCCAGCCAGAUGCACCACUGCGAAGAGUCUCCCGUGAGCGUUAUUCGCCACGAGAUCGUUUACUUUCUUCACAAUUUCGUUUCUUUCAUUCUUUUCUGCAUUUGCAUCCACUACCUCGAAGGGUGUUGGUGUAUUCGAGUAACAUUGUGACUGGACUGUUGGAAGCAAAGAUACUGUAGGUACGUUCUUGAGUAGUUUACUAGAUGUUUGAACGUGUAUGUUUCUAAAUUGUGCACAUAAUUGUCUUAAAUAUAGAGCCAUUAUUGUUUUAUUAAAAAUGCACUUUUUUAGGUUAUGUAUAUGUCAAAAUUCUUCUUUC